AUGAAAUCGUUCAGCUGUAACACCCUUUCGGUGCCUAACUGCCAUGCUACCCGAAGGAAGCACGAGGAUUGGGAUACCGCCAGGCUGCCCAAGCCUAGACAGUCGACAAACAGAGUUAUUAACCCUCAUGCACGUGCGAGCACGAGGGCUGGGAUACGGCCAGGUUGCCCAAGCCUAGACAGGGAAAGUCGAGAGGCAGAGGUCGGGUUCGAACCACGGACCUUCCGGUCAUCAAAUUUGCGCUCUUACCAUUCGAGUGUGGCUCACAGUUCGAGACUAGAAAAGAUUAAUUUGCAAAAGAGUUUAUUUGUCGCAAUCAGUCCAAUUUGGGUUCAAGUAGAAUAUAAGGUUGACGGAAACUCGGGGACUGCGCUGCGCCUACCUGAUGAUCCCCAAGAAGGGCAAAACCGGUCGUGGACAGUCAAAGAGUUUUCAACAACCUUAACUUUAGACUGCCGAAAAGUGGGGAAAUGUGCCAAACUGAAGAUACACUCAUUUGCAAACCAAUUUGGUUUUGCGAGAGACUCACCUGGGGCCCAGCUGAAACUCUUGUUUGUGAUGUUUCCAGGCAACUGA